AAAGAAACAAUUCAAUAGUAUUCAUUUGGAUGUUUGACCAUUACUUUUUUUCUCCGAAAAGGAUACUAAACAGUGGGUAUGCCUAAAGUUGGGGUUCUAUUCCCUCUCUCAGAUGGAAGGGCAAAAAAGAUUGCAAAAAUAUAAAGCCAGAGAAACAGGAAGAAAACCAACCACUGGUUUUGUAUGAAGAUCAGCUGUUUAAUUUCAGUAUCACUCUUAGCUUUAUAACAAUGAUAGGAAAGAGGGGAAAACUGUCAUCCAUUGCUAUUGUAUCCCCUAUAAUUAGGGUUGUUUACGGUAAGUAUAAAUUUAUGCUAUGGUGUUAACAAGUCUAAAUUGCAUUUACAAUUGUAGGGGACUGGUAAAUACACCCCAGUUACUUUGCAUCCUUCCCACAGAUUAUGCCCAAAGGAAGGGAGUAAUUCCCCAGUUCCUGGGCCACAGUAUGACCCAAGCCUGGUGGUGAUGUGCUAAAAUAUAUAAUGCCUGAGCCAAGUGGGGGAUUCUGCAGAUGAUUCUUGCUUUCACCUCUCCUAAGUGGAUUUGAGCCUCCCGUAAAGUCAUACUUAGUCAAGACUAGUAAGGAAUAGCUAGAUCCUGUAAUAGUUUCUCUAAGAGAGUCAGCUAAGUUUAGGGCUACCUAUAUUGAGUAGCUUUGGCUCUACUGAGGAGUGAUUUAAGGGAUUCGAUCCCUAGAGCAUUGUGGCCCAGUCAGGGCUGUUCUCCCAUGUGGAUAUGAUCUAAUUAAUCAGUUCUGUUAUUGUUCAAGAACCACUGGUGCCCAAUUAUAGUGCAUGGCACUCACAGUUGCACAACACCCCGUCUCCACACCGUUGCGAGGGCUCAACCCCUGGGAAUUAAGGUCUCAUCUGGAGCACAUUAUAGGGGUAUAGCUCAUAGUAGAGCAACGGUGCCACCAAGGGAGACUCUUGUGUUAAAUCUGCCUGAGGCGUUAUUUGCAAUGCUACCCCACCCACAUUUACCUAAACAUAGCCAGCUGUAGUCUGGGGGGGCAUUGAUAGGGUGGAGAGCACAGUUGCAUUCUCUAAACUAGAAAAGCCAAAUUUCCAGUGUAUUAAAUAAAGUGACCAGGAGCUGCUUUUUGCCACCACUUGUAACUUGUAGAGAAAUGGCACCAGGUAAGGUUCUCACUUUGUCUAAUGGCAGAAAUGUCCCUGGGUGCCACUCACUUUACUAUAGGCUUACAGACACCUUAUCAUAGCCCCCAUAGGAGCUGCACAGGGUGGUGUCAUUGUGCACCUAAUAAACUACAAUCAUUUUUAUAUGUCUGGCUGGAUGAUUGAUCUUUGAGUGUCUGCUCUAUCUGUACGGUUUCAUUGUGCUCAAUGCUAAUUCAAAGCAGAGCACAAUUCAGUCUUCUCCAAGCUUUCCUUGGUCUCUCCUUCCAAACACACUGCCACCCUCUCUGAUGCCCCCCUGUCUCCCUAUGACUCUCUGACUGAAUGCUGCAGCAGGUGCUCCUUUAUAGGGACAAAUUUACCCUCGAGGGUUCCUGGAGACCACUGUCCUCUGACACCCCAUCCCGUCUACAGGAUCAUGUGCACAUGUAUCAUAUCUGUAGCAGAGCGCUAAGUGGAAUCAAGGCCCAUGUGGAUGGGCAGUAUGUCACCCCAUAAAUGAUGCUGCCCUACGCCCUGGCCUUUGUGGUCUCACUGAAAAUCUGGGCCAGCUCUUAAAUGAGCUCUCUGCCAACCAUGUAUUGGCUCUUCUUGGAUCCUCCUCUUUUUCCCAAAUGUCUUCUGAGGCUUCCAGAUACUCGAUCACUCCUCUGCCUCUAAAUGGGCUCAAUGAUGUCACGGGAUGGUGCAUCUGAUCCCCUACAUAUAAUUAUUAAUAAUAAUAAUAACACUGUCCUUUUUAUAUGCCCAUGCUGAUGGGCCUGGGACUGGGCAGAGCUGGCACUUUGACUCUCUAGUUAUUGUGUGUAUGUGACAGUCAGAUACCUCUGCAGGGCCACGUUGCAAGAGAAGAUUUUGGGGUUACAGCAGCUCACUACAUUUGCUACCACAAUACACUAUCACAUAUGGUACUUGCUGGCUGGGAUACAUGCAAAGUGGUGCAGGCCCAGCAGCCCACGUUACCAUUCUCAUGUUUUUAGUAUUUACUGUAUGUUGAUGUUACUGUGUUUUGUAUAUUCUGUGCCUGCUGGGAAAUACAGAAUGUUAUAAUGCCACAUUUGUUUAUUGUGAAUCAUUAGUAACACAAAUGGUUAACAUAAAGGUAUACUCAAAGUCAAAAAUCUUGCCCCACCCUGUGUGAGAGGGAGAGAUUAAACUCCUCACUGGUUAUAGAGAGAGAAGAACUUUCAGUUUAGUUUAAUUUCUUGUUCCUGAUUUCAGUGAUGGCGACUGCUGAUCUGAAAGACGAGCUGAGCUGCUCCAUCUGCCUGAGCAUUUAUACUGAUCCUGUAUCCCUGCCGUGUGGCCAUAACUUCUGCCGGGGCUGUAUUGGGAUGGUGCUGGGUACCCAGAAAAUAUCAGGAAAUUAUUCCUGUCCUGAAUGCAUGAAGAACUUUCAGAAGCGCCCUGCCCUGCACAGGAACAGAACUCUGGGUAACAUAGCAGAGAGAUUCCGUCCGAGUCUGACUGAGACAGAGCCGGGGGAGACUGGGAUCUUCUGCACCUACUGUGUCCUCUCUCCUGUACCUGCUGCUAAAUCCUGUCUCCUGUGUGAGGCUUCUCUGUGUGAUACCCACCUGAGGGGGCACAGCAAGUCAGCAGAACAUGUACUGACCCAACCCACCGACUCCUUUAUGGGGAGAAAAAGUUCUGUACAUCACAAGGUUCUGGAGUAUUUCUGCUGUGAGGAGUCUGUCUGUGUCUGUGUGUCCUGCUGUCUGGCCGGAGAGCACAGGGGCCACAGGGUGGAGCUGCUGAGUGAGGCCUCUGAGAAGAAGAAAGAGAAAGUGAGGAAAGUUGUGGAGAAACUGAGGCCAGAGAGAGAGGAGACUGAGAGAGGAGCCCAGAGACUGCAGGAGCGCAGGAGAGAAGUGGCAGAAAAAGCAGCCGGUGAGACAGAGAGAGUCAUUGCCCUGUUUAGAGACAUCAGGGAACAGCUGGAAGCCCUAGAGAAGCGACUCCUGAGUGACAUCUCCAGCCAGAAAGAGAAGCUCUCACUCACACUCUCUGAUCUGAUGGAGCAGCUGGAAAUAAAGAAGGACGAGCUGUCCAGGAAGAUCCGUCACAUUGAGGAGCUGUGCAACAUGGCAGAUCCACUCACUGUCCUACAGGAACGGGAAUCACAUGGAGCUGCAGAUAAUGAGGGGGGCAGAGAGAGACAUGAUAUAAAGGUCCCUGCUGUAGGGGAUCUGGAUGUGGAUCUGAUCUCAGAGACAUUACUCACAGGCUUAGCUGCCAUUGUGACUGGGGUAAAGGGAGGGAUCUAUGGGCAGGAGGCUACAGACCUGUUACUGGAUAUAAACACGGCUGGGAAUGAUUUAUCUGUUUCAGGGGACAGGAAAUCUGCUUCCUACUCACUCACAGACCAGUGUCACCCACAAACCCCAGAGAGAUUUCAGGAUGAGCUUCAGGCUUUAAGCACCAGGAGUUUCCCUUCAGGGCGACAUUAUUGGGAAGUGGAGGUCAGUGAAUCAGGGGACUGGAGGGUAGGGGUGGCCUAUCCCAAUAAAGAGAGGAGAGGGGAUCACACCAGGAUUGGGAAUAAUAACAAGUCCUGGUGUUUGUGUAGAUGUGACAAUAACUAUUCAGUAAAACAUGACAAGAGAGACAUAGGUUUACCCAACAUCCCUUCCUGCAGGAGAAUUAGGAUCAGGUUGGACUAUGAGGCUGGACGUCUGUCCUUUUAUGAGCUGAGUGAGCCAAUCAGACACUUACACACCUUCACUGCCACAUUCACUGAGCCCCUUCAUGCUGCAUUCUGGGUAGGGUGGGAUGAUGGUACCUGGGUAAGAAUUAUAAAUUAAGGCACUAACCAUUGCAGAGCUGCCCUUGGAAGGAAGGAAGGCUAAACCAUAAAAAUGAAAAUGGCUAGAAAUAUUUAAUAUGCAUAGAGAUAAUAAGUCAAAUCAACUGGACUUGCCAAAUUUUCUUUUUCCUUGAAGCCGUUUCACUAGUCAUCCAACUGGCUUUCUCAAUUCAGAAUGUCCUGUACACAAAUAAUUGUGGUUAUAUACUCUGGAAUCUUACUCCAAUUAGCAUUAUCUGUUUAGUAAAACCAAUAUGGGGUCAGAGAGAUCACGGAGAUGUUGAAGAGGUAUUAGCAUGAUUGGAGCUAUGAGCUAUCCAGGGAGAGGGGCUAAAACAGCAUUAUAUGUGGCAGACAAUAAGGGGCAGAUAUUUUCAAAUGUAUUAUAGUUAAUUUGACAGAAGGAGUUGAAAAAUUCGAUAAUCAAGUUUGAAAAAUUCAAAAAUCUAAUUUUUUCAAUUUGACUAUCCGAUUCUUCUAUUCCAAUUUGACUAUUCGCAUUUGAUAUCAAAGGAUUCAAAAUUUAACAAUAUUCACUUGAAUGUUUUGACAAAAUAAUUUUCCCCCCAACUUUGACCUGCUGAGUUCCAAGUCCCACUUCGAAAAUUCAAAUAUUCAAAUUUUUAUAAUUCGAACAUUCUAUUUAGCCUAUCUAUCCUUAGGGUUCAGUAAAUGGUUAAAGGCUCCAUGCAAUGCUGGGAAACAUUGGAUUACCAAUACAAACCUAUACCUGAUGCUAUUUUACUUUAAAAUAUAGUGUUGCCCAGGCUCAUUUUCUUACCCUAAACCCAGGCAGAGUGGAUAACAUUGAAGCAGGACUUUUUCCAAAUUGGACAAUUCCCUAAUUAACUAGGACUCAUUGAUUGCCUUCAUCAUUUGUUCACACACCACCUCGCCAUCAACAGGAGCGCUACCAUCAUUGUUUUCUUUUCACAUUCUUUUUAUUGGAAUUUUAUAAUAAAACAAGUUGACUGUUUUACAGCAUGUUAAUACAAGUGCAGUCUCAUAUUCCAAAUAAAUAAAAUUCAGACUUUUACAGGAACAAUAAACAAAUAUUGUUAACUA